CCACUCACUAGCGUAUAUAUAUAGAGACCUUUGCAUUCUGGGUUAGCUCACAAUCCUCCUUUAAUUUUGCUUCUUCCAAUUCCUUCCUUCAAUGGCGGCAAUCACCCUAGAGGAGAUCAAGAACGAGACUGUUGAUUUGGAGCGUAUUCCUAUUGAGGAAGUGUUCCAGCAACUGAAAUGUUCGAGAGAAGGUUUGUCAUCGGACGAAGGAGCCAAUCGGCUUCAAAUAUUUGGCCCAAACAAGCUAGAAGAGAAGAAGGAAAGCAAACUCCUCAAGUUUCUUGGGUUCAUGUGGAAUCCCCUGUCAUGGGUCAUGGAAGCUGCAGCUAUCAUGGCUAUUGCACUUGCAAAUGGUGAUAGCAAGCCUCCGGAUUGGCAAGAUUUCGUUGGUAUCAUUUGCUUGUUGUUUAUUAACUCCACCAUCAGUUUCAUUGAAGAAAACAAUGCUGGAAAUGCUGCUGCUGCUCUUAUGGCUGGACUUGCUCCCAAGACUAAGGUCCUUAGAGGUGGAAAAUGGUCUGAGGAAGAAGCAGCAAUUCUGGUCCCUGGAGACAUCAUUAGCAUCAAACUAGGUGAUGAGGUUUUCUCUGGCUCAACUUGUAAACAAGGUGAAAUUGAAGCCGUCGUCAUUGCAACUGGUGUCCACACAUUCUUUGGCAAGGCAGCACACCUUGUGGAUAGCACCAACCAAGUUGGACACUUCCAGAAGGUUCUCACAGCAAUUGGAAACUUCUGCAUAUGUUCCAUUGCUGUUGGUAUGUUGGCUGAGAUCAUAGUCAUGUACCCUAUUCAGCAUCGCAAAUAUAGAGAUGGAAUUGACAACCUGUUGGUCCUCUUGAUUGGUGGAAUCCCCAUUGCUAUGCCAACUGUGUUGUCUGUCACAAUGGCCAUUGGCUCUCACAGGCUCUCUCAGCAGGGUGCUAUCACCAAGCGUAUGACUGCCAUUGAAGAAAUGGCCGGCAUGGAUGUCCUCUGCAGUGACAAGACUGGGACACUCACCCUGAACAAGCUGAGCGUUGACAGGAACUUGAUUGAGGUUUUUGCAAAGGGUGUGGACAAGGAACAUGUUAUCCUUCUUGCUGCAAGGGCUUCCAGGACUGAAAACCAGGAUGCAAUAGAUGCUGCCAUUGUUGGAAUGCUUGCCGACCCAAAAGAGGCAAGGGCUGGGAUAAGAGAGGUGCAUUUCUUGCCAUUCAAUCCAGUUGACAAGAGAACAGCUUUGACUUACAUCGAUUCUGAUGGAAAUUGGCACAGGGCAAGCAAAGGUGCUCCUGAGCAGAUCAUUGCCUUGUGUAACCUUAGGGAAGAUGCUAAGAAAAGGUGCCAUGCUAUUAUUGACAAGUUUGCAGACAGAGGGCUUCGUUCGCUCGCUGUUGCUAGACAGGAAGUUCCAGAGAGAACAAAGGAAAGUGCCGGUGGUCCAUGGCAGUUUGUUGGUUUGUUGCCACUAUUUGAUCCCCCAAGACAUGAUAGUGCUGAGACUAUCCGACAAGCUCUUAACCUCGGCGUAAAUGUCAAGAUGAUUACUGGUGAUCAACUUGCCAUUGCUAAGGAGACCGGCCGGAGGCUUGGGAUGGGAACAAAUAUGUAUCCGUCUGCUUCCUUACUUGGUCAAGACAAGGAUGCAAGUAUUGCUGCACUUCCAGUGGAAGAGCUGAUUGAGAAGGCUGAUGGAUUUGCUGGAGUAUUUCCAGAGCACAAAUAUGAAAUUGUCAAAAAGUUACAAGAGAGGAAACACAUUUGUGGAAUGACCGGAGAUGGUGUCAAUGAUGCUCCUGCUUUGAAGAAGGCUGAUAUUGGAAUUGCUGUUGCUGAUGCCACUGAUGCUGCAAGAAGUGCUUCUGAUAUUGUCUUGACUGAACCAGGAUUGAGUGUUAUUGUUAGUGCAGUCUUAACCAGCAGAGCUAUUUUCCAAAGAAUGAAGAACUAUACGAUCUAUGCAGUAUCUAUCACCAUCCGUAUAGUGUUUGGCUUCAUGCUCAUUGCACUUAUCUGGAAGUUCGACUUCUCGCCUUUCAUGGUUUUGAUCAUUGCCAUUCUAAAUGAUGGAACAAUAAUGACAAUUUCGAAGGAUCGUGUGAAGCCAUCUCCCUUGCCUGAUAGCUGGAAACUGCAAGAAAUAUUCGCCACUGGGACUGUUCUUGGAAGUUACUUGGCAUUGAUGACUGUCAUAUUCUUCUGGGCAAUGAAAGAAACUAGCUUCUUCCCUGAAAAAUUUGGAGUUAGACACCUUAGUCAUGAUGAAAUGAUGUCUGCUCUAUAUCUACAAGUCAGUAUUGUUAGCCAGGCUUUGAUCUUUGUAACUCGUUCACGCAGCUGGUCUUUCGUUGAACGCCCCGGAUUGUUAUUGGUCUCUGCUUUUAUUAUUGCUCAGCUGAUUGCUACAAUCAUAGCAGUAUAUGCGGAUUGGGGAUUCGCAAAGGUGAAAGGAAUUGGUUGGGGUUGGGCUGGAGUCAUCUGGCUCUACAGUGUUGUCUUCUAUAUUCCUCUGGACUUCAUGAAGUUCGCCAUCCGCUACAUCUUGAGCGGCAAGGCUUGGGUAAAUCUGCUAGAAAACAAGACUGCCUUCACCACCAAGAAAGACUAUGGUAAGGAAGAGAGGGAAGCUCAGUGGGCUCUUGCUCAGAGGACUCUGCAUGGUCUUCAACCACCGGAUACUUCCGGCAUCUUCAAUGAGAAGAAUAGUUAUAGGGAACUCUCCGAGAUUGCCGAGCAAGCCAAGAGAAGAGCCGAAGUUGCAAGGCUUCGUGAGCUUCACACACUAAAGGGACAUGUUGAGUCAGUGGUGAAGCUAAAAGGUUUGGACAUUGAUACAAUCCAACAGCACUAUACUGUCUGAACAACACUCCAAAAUUGUAGAUAGAGUUCAAUUCAAUGGCAUACCUACAACAAAGAGAAGAGAAGAAGACGUAACUUUUUUUUUUAAAUGGUUACUGUUGUUUACCUUUUUAAUCUGAGAUCGGGUGGGUGUUUUUAUUUGUCUUCUUUUUUUAUUCGAUGACAAGGGCAAAGUAGUUUUAGAUUCAGUCCUUGAUUUCAUAUGGUUUAGGGUGCUUUUGGUCAAUUAUCUGUUGUUCGCUUCAACUGUAUGUCCUAUUUAGGUGGCUAUUAUAAGAGAAAUCAUAAAUGUGUCAAUAUUGGGAUUCUUUUUCUUCAGAUUGGAGAAGAACUGUUAUUCUUA